UCAACUUGACCUUGUUGGUGAUAACAUCAACAAACGUACUGUAAUCUCUAAAACUAAGGUUGCAUGAGAUUCCAAUGGAAAAUUUAUCCAUCAUAGUUAGUUUUGAGCUGACCCUAGAUCCAUUUUCCAUCCCUCCAGGAGCCAAAUAUCCAAUAUUCAUCUUUGGCAUCUUCAUCUACAUGUUUGGGGCUUUUUGCAAUCUGACACUUCUGCUUCUCAUUUUUUUAACAGAAAGUCUUCACAAGCCAAUGUAUUUCAUUCUGUUCAGCCUCCCGCUCAAUGAUUUUGUCGGGAUCACUUCCAUGCUUCCCAAAGUUCUCUCUGACAUUUUGACAGAAACCAAUAAAACGUACUAUCCUCUCUGUGUGCUGCAGGGUUUUCUACUCCACAUGUAUGGAGGAGGUGUUUUGUUUGUCCUUGCGGCGAUGGCUUUUGAUCGCUACAUUGCCAUUUGCAUGCCACUACGUUAUAAUGCCCUCAUGACACCAAGAGCUGUGAUGGGAAUUGUUGCUUUAGUAUGGGGCCUUGACCUAUUUUUCAUUAUUUUGCUGUUUGCCUUGCAGAGCAAGUAUUCCAGAUGCAGAUCUGACAUUUUGAAUGUGUUUUGUGAUAACCCUUCUUUACUUAAGCUGACUUGUAGCAAUACUAUAGUGAGUAAUAUCAUAGGUUUGUUCAACACAGCCAUGAUCCAGAUUAUUAGUGUUUCCAUUCAAGCAUUUUCCUAUGUGAAGAUUUUGAUUACCUGCUUGGCCACAAGUAAGUCUGAUGCAAAGAACAAGGCCAUAAACACGUGUGUUUCUCAGCUGGUUAUUUUCAUCAUGUUUGAGAUUGUUGCAACUUUCACUAUCCUGUCACACAGGUUCACAUCUGUAAAUGCAGAUCUACAAAAGAUUAUGGGGAUGCUCAUUUUUCUAGUGCCUCCACUACUGAAUCCAAUAGUUUAUGGACUCAACAGUCAUGAAUUACGAAAUAAUCUGCUUAAAGUCAUACACAGGAAAAUAGCUCAUAUGUAAACAUUGUGUAAAAUAUAUGUUUGUCACUGUUUAUGCCAAUAAGUCACAUACAAACCUCUUUAAAUAUUAGUAUUAUAUGUGCAGACACUUAUUUUAAUCAAUACACUUUUUGUUCUUAUAGACACACGGUAAAACUUUGAAAAUCACUAAAUGUAUUAAGCUAGUUUAACUUAUAAUUUUUUUAAAAGUUACUUUGACUCAAUGAAAAAGAGUAAUGGUGAUGCAUAAACUGAUUACAUUAAGCAGAACUCAAACCUAAUAAGUUAUGAAUUAAUUAAUUAUUUUGUGUGUGUGUUAACUCUAACGUCAAGCCAUUUGAGUAGCUAUGCAGUUGUUUGGACUUAUUUUGUUCCGAACAGAACAAGUUUAAGGUAAUCAAAACAUUUUUUUUUUCAAAACUUAAAUGGUUUGCUACAAUCGGUUUUCUCAAACAGUUUCAGCUAACUUAACUUAUCGGGUUUUACAGUGUACAUUCUUAAUCUUGUGUAAAUAAAAUUGCAUCUUGAUAUUAUUCAA